CACUAGUGGCUUCAAAUACCGCUAACCCCACCUUGUAUUCUUGCCAACAUCUUCCACGUUAUUGUUUGUAUGUAUCUCAUCCUCCACAACUCAAUAUCAUGAUUCUCAGAAGAGAAAUCUCUGCAAGUUCUUGAUUCAACAACAAGAACCCCGUCAGGACCUGCAGUUCCAUGAUCACAAAGCUUGACAGGAGUUUCCCGCCACUUUUGUUUUUGUUUAAGUUUGUCUUGUCCAGUUGAAUUAAUCUGGUUUUGUGGGUAUUCCGUAUUGGUUAUUGGUUGAAAUGGAGAGGUUUUCUGAGAGAGAGAGUGUUCUGUUAGGUUAUAAUUUCCAAAGACCUUCUAUAAACCAUCCAGGUUCUUCUCCAGAGAGCCAGUAUGGAAACUCAGAUAUUGACUUUACCGAUGUUUUCGGUGGCCCACCGAGGCGAUCGUCACUUCAGGAGGUGCGGUAUAGUUUUUCUGAAACGACAGAUUCAUUUGCAUCGACAAGUGGUGAUGUUGAUACCAAGUUGUCUCGCCACAGUUUGUCUGGUCUAAAUGACAAGCCAGUGUUUGGAGAUGAAAAUGUCAAUAGAAGGCGAUAUCCAAACGACGGUUUCUUUGGUGAUAUUUUUAGAGGCAGCGAAUCUUUGAGUUCUUCUCCAGGGAAGCAGGACCGUGAUUCACUUUCUUCGACUCCAGGUUCAAGAGUCUUAAGCCCUGCUGAAUUGCUGCCACAUAGAGCUGAUCCCUGGAGUCCAUCACUGCCUGCACAAUUCAGCCUCCCUGCCAAACUGAUUAAAGGGACAGAAAUGCCGACAUUUAUUUCUAGUGCCCGUGACCAUCACAAAAAUAAAGACGGGGCUUCAGAUGGCAUCAGCAAUUAUACAUAUUCUCCUUUGUCUAGAUCUGCAAGCCUAACGAACCUCGUUAGAGACGAGUUCACUAAUGAUGUCUCUCGGCAGAGCGCUUUAUCUAAGGAGCCAUCUCUUCGCAGUGAAGAGUCAUCAAACGUGACUAAACCUGAAGAAACAGACAAAAGCAGAAAUUUGAAAAGGGAUUCAGAUGGUUCUGAAAUUCCGACAAACAGAAACCAAUUUCAUUUUUCUAUUUACAAGUGGGCAACCAAAGGAUUACCUUUUGCGAUGCCUCUUAGAGGAGCUAACAAAUCAAGGCUGAAUGAGAGGUGUAAGCUUCAGAGAUGUUCAAGUACUAAUGGAUGGACAACAUGCGAGGGCAUAGCAAGAGAAUUACGUUCAGCAUCUCCACAUGAUAUUGGCAUUCCCUCAUUCAGUGGUCGAAUGGAGCUUGACAAACAAGAUGAUCACUUCCUCUUCGACACAAGCAUUCAGGGUGAAGUAGAAGCGUGUCAAAUUCUUGAGGACACAAGUUUCCCUAUAUCUGAGUUGGAUACUCCAAGCAAUCUUCAAGUGAUUUUUGAAGAUGGUCCUAUAAAUUCUGCCUUAGGGGAUUCAAUAGAAACAAAACAUCACUCUGCUCCUGAAACAGGCUCGUCUGGAAAAACGAAGGAAAAAACUUCUGUAGUUACACAAGAGGCUCACAAGACUGAGUUAAAACCACCAAGUUUCCAGUUAUAUGAGAAUGAUUAUGAACAAGGUAAUGAUGAGAUGACUAUUGAAACUGGUUUGAAAGAAAGCAAGGUAAAAAGCACCAAAAAAUCAUCUGCGGUUCUUGAUGUUGGUGAAAAUAUAAAGGAUGAAGACGAGACAGCGAAUAGUGGAGUGGAUAAAGCUAACUUUCAAUUUCCACCUACAAAAUCAAGGGACAGCCUUGGGAAGAACAGGGUUAGGGGAAAGGUCAAGGAAUUUGUUAAAAUUUUCAACCAGGGAGUUCCAGAAAAACCCAAAUUUGAUCUUAAUGACUCACAACAUCAAGAUUCUAGACGAAAGGAAAGGAGCAAAUUCAGGACUGAGGAUACCACAAAUGAGAAAAUGCACUCGAAUAAUGUGUUCGAGAAAAACAUGCCAAAUGCUUCAAUCCUGGUGGAUCCUGAUACAACGGCGAACAAUCUCAAGUCCACACGAGUUUCUUCUGGACGUAAGGAUAGAUCAGCGCCAACUACAGCAGACGUUCCUGAUGUCUCAGAAUCAACCAUUGGAGAUACAGAUUUGUCCUUCCUCCUGAUCACAGAAAUGUCCCAGGAUGAGGAAAGGGGGCCGCAAACCAGCGAUAACCAUGAGGAGAUCCAAAUCAAUAUUGAUGAUAAAAUACAGAAAUGGUCGAAAGGAAAGGAAGGCAACAUUCGCUCCCUAUUGUCAACUUUACAAUAUGUUCUUUGGUCUGGAAGUGGAUGGAAGCCUGUGCCUCUUGUUGAUAUAGUUGAAGGAAAUGCAGUGAAAAGAACAUAUCAAAAGGCCUUGCUCUGUCUACACCCUGAUAAACUACAGCAGAAAGGUGCUGCCUCGCAUGAAAAAGACAUAGCAGAAAAAGUUUUCGAUAUUUUGCAGGAAGCGUGGACUCAUUUCAACACACUCGGAGCAGUGUAACGUGUGACCAGUGAAAGCAAAUCGCAAUUUCUCAUAGGUCAAAGGACAUCGAGAUGCUUGUUUAUGUAAGUGCACAAGAUAAAAUUGCAUUUGAGAGAAAAAAAUUAUACUUAGGACUGUGGAUAGGUAUUUUGUUUGUGCGGUGUGCUGCUGUGUCCUGAAGAUACUUCAUGCUUGGUUUUGUCUCAUAUUUGAGAUGUUAUAUUGGGUUAAACUUUUUUAUCAAUGUAGAGCUUGUUUGGAAGUACAUAAUAGUAAUUUUUUAAAAUAUUUUUUAUUUAAAAAUUUAUUAAAAUAAUGUUUAUUUUUUUA